AUGCGUGCUCUUCGCUACCAUGGCCCCGGAGAUCUCCGACUCGAGCAUGGCAUUCCAGAGCCUUGUUGCUCUAAGACCCAAGUGAAAGUUCGUCCUGCAUUUGUUGGAAUAUGCGGAACAGACCUCCAUGAAUACUCGACCCCAACUUUCAUUCCUGACCAGAAGAAUACACACCCUGUUACAGGGGAGUCUCGACCAGUUAUUAUUGGCCAUGAAAUGGCAGGAACAAUCGUCGAGAUAGGUGCUGAUAUUAACAACAAGUCAAUCAAAGUUGGAGAUAGGGUGUCGGUCAGGCCCACUGUUUGCUGUUUUACUUGCCCAUCCUGCGAGGAAGGCCAUUACAGCUGUUGUGCUACACCUGGAUUUUUGGGUCUCUCAGGAGGCGGUGGUGGGCUCAGCGAUUAUAUAUGCGUCGAGAGUGAUUUCGUUCACAAACUGCCGGACACUAUUGGUCUUGAUAUAGGUGCACUUGUUGAACCACUUGCGACAUGCUGGCGAGCAGUGGUCAGGAGCGGUAUUAAGAAUGGUGACGAUGUUCUUGUGUUUGGCGCAGGCCCAAUUGGUCUCGGGGUAAUCCAAUGUUGCAAAGCUCAAGGGGCCAAUAACAUCAUUGUAGCUGAAGUUGCGGUAGAGCGCCGCCGCCUCGCAAAAGAGUUCGGGGCAACUCUUGUUUUUAACCCAUUGGAAUCAGACAUUGUACGAGAAACCAAGAAAGCCACUCAUCGCGAGCAGGGGGCAGACGCAUCAUUUGAUUGUGCAGGCUUGGAAGCUACCUUGAAAGCCGCAUGUCUGGCGACAAGGCCACGAGGUGUGAUUGUCAACGUGGCUAUUUGGGAGAAACCCAUCGAAUUCAAUCCAAACUUGCUCGUGUUUGGAGAGAGGGUAUUUUAUUCAGUCUUGGGAUAUGAUAAAAAUGACUUUGAAGGCGUUCUAAACGCAAUUGAGAGCGGUGCACUUAAGCCUGGGUCAAUGAUCACUCGAAAGAUUAGCAUAGAUAGGGUGGUUGAAGACGGCUUCCGAGCCUUGAUUGAAGAGAAGGAUAAGCAUGUCAAAAUCCAGAUCGAUCUAUUGAAAUAA